AUGUUCACCGGUGGCGAAGCAUUUGCGCCAGCGCCUCAUCGUCCCAUGUCAAGACUAGGUCGCCAGCGCUGGGCUAGCGCUGCUGGUGAGUCCGACACGCACCAGGCCCAAGCAGCACAGUGUCGCGGCAGGCAGCACUUGGUAGCUCUCGACGGAGCAACCGCCACUGCGGCUGCCGCUACAGAAGGGCACUUUCGUACAGCUGCAACAGUACUGCCCGUUAGGGUGUCGAGCACGAUUCCAUCGCAACUUUCACGAAAGUCAGCAGCACGAGCAGUCACAGCAGCGACAGUGAUGUGUUCGUCACCGUACGAGCACCGGCACUCUGCGGAAACGUCCCCCGGAUUGCAACGUGUUGCUAGUUCCGCGACGACCGCUGCGACAUCGCGAGACCAACCCAUUGUAUUCUUCUUUGAUGUGAUGGAUACUCUUGUUUGUGACCCUUUUUUCAAGGACAUGCACCUUCACUUUGGAUUUGACAAACGCGAGGACUUUCUCGCCGCAAAGCACCCGGAGACCUGGAUUCGCUUCGAGCGAGGUGAACUCUCGGUUACCGAUCUGGAGCACCUCUUCUUCAGACCGCUGCACACGCUCCCAUUGCACUUGGCAAAGCAUGCAAGGUUCAAUGCCCGUCGCUUUGAAGCGUAUCUUCGCGAGUCUUACAGAUUCAUGGAUGAAGGCAUAGAACCGCUGCUCGAGUGGCUUGCAUCGCGACAGCCUCCUGGCACGCUGCAUAUUCUCUCGAACUACCCCUGCUACUAUCGAUUCAUUGAAGAGAAGUUGGGUCUAUCGAGGUACUUAUCGUGGACGGCGGUCAGCUGUGAAACCGGCCUCCGGAAACCUGAUCCUCGGGCCUAUGCCGAGGCGGCAACGCGGGCUGGCGCGUCAGCUUCACAAUGCGUUCUGAUCGAUGACCAAAAGCGGAACAUUGACGGUGCUCUGGCUGCUGGCUUUGGGGCGGCAAUCCUCUAUCCCGGCACGAGUUCGGCGUUGCGCUCUCUUCUGGAAGAGUUUCUAGAUGGAAACAACGUCGGCAAGAAGGUGGGCUUUUGA